AUGUUCUGUUCUGUGGGGCAGAGAGAACCAUCAACCACAGAACCAUCAACUACAGAACCAUCUGUGCCGCCAGGUUCUGUGGGGCAGAGCGAACCAUCAACUAAAGAACCAUCAACCACAGAACCAUCAACUACAGAACCAUCUGCGCCGCCAGAGAGAACCAUCAACUACAGAACCAUCAACCACAGAACCAUCAACUACAGAACCAUCAACCACAGAACCAUCAACUACAGAACCAUCUGCGCCGCCAGGUUCUGUGGAACAGAGAGAACCAUCAACUACAGAACCAUCAACCACAGAACCAUCAACUACAGAACCAUCUGUGGCCCCAGGUUAUGUGGAGCGGAGAGAACCAUCAACUACAGAACCAUCAACCACAGAACCAUCUGCUCCGCCAGGUUCUGUGGAGCAGAGAGAACCAUCAACUACAGAACCAUCAACCACAGAACCAUCAACUACAGAACCAUCAACUACCAAACCAUCAACUACAGAACCAUCAACUACCGAACCAUCAAUCAAUUACAGAACCAUCAACUACAGAACCAUCAACCACAUAACCAUCUGCGCCUCCAGGUUCAGUGGAGCAGAGUGAACCAUCAACUACAGAACAAUCUGCGCCGCCAGGUUCUAUGGAGCAGAGAGAACCAUAAGCUACAGAACCAUCAACUACAGAUCCAUCUGAACCGCCAGGUUCUGUGGGGCAGAGAGAACCAUCAACUACAGAACCAUCAACCACAGAACCAUCAACUACAGAACCAUCUGCGCCGCCAGGUUCUGUGGAGCAGAGAGAACCAUCAACCACAGAACCAUCAACUACAGAGCCAUCUGCGCCGCCAGGUUCUGUGGAGCAGAGAGAGCCAUCAACUAAAGAACCAUCAACUACAGAACCAUCAACUACAGAACCAUCAACCACAGAACCAUCUGCGCCGCCAGGUUAUGUGGAGCAGAGAGAACCUUCAACCAAAGAACUAUCAACUACAGAACCAUCAACUAAGAACCAUCAACCACAGAACCAUCAACUACAGAACCAUCAACCACAGAACCAUCAACUACAGAACCAUCUGA